AUGUGAGAACCCUAUUAUAUGUGAGGAAAUAUUACAACCGUUGGUUAAUUGCAUCCAAUGGCUAUAAUUUAUCCCAAUCAAUUGUAAUUUCAAAUACAAUUUUCCAGCGUUUUCUCUCUCCUCCUUCAUUUGAAGUGCCAUUUUUCUCUCUCCUCCUUCAAUUUCUCUGCUCCCUACUUACUACUCUCUUCCUUUGCUUUGAUUCUUCAUCAAUUCUGCUUCUAACUUCAUUGAUUCUUUGACAAGUCUGGUUCCGGGUAUGUAUCUGCCAAAGUUUCAUAUGUUGGUGAUGUUCAAGAACAUGAUUUGAAAAUCAAAGAGUGGGAGGCUAGAGUGCUACAAGAGGAAAUGGCUGCUAGUCAGGGCAUAACUAUUAGAAGACGGCCUCCAAUGGCUCCUCCUUCAGGUUAUGAUGGUCCAUUUGUGGUUCAAGUACAGGACAUCGCUAACACCCCUCGUAACAUCUUGGAGGAGAUUAUAUGGUACAAGGAUGUUGAAGUUUCACAGUUCAAGGAAAGACGACCUCUUGAUGAUUUAGAGAAGGCACUUGAUGAUGCUCCCCAAACAAGAGAUUUUGUUGGCGCUUUAAGAGCAGCUUACCAACGGACAGGAUUACCUGGUUUGAUUGCUGAAGUUAAGAAGGCUUCGCCUAGUAGAGGCAUUAUAAGAGAGGACUUCAAUACAGUAUGGAUCCUUGCUCAUUUGUCAAAUGAGCAAAUGGUUCUUGCUCAUUUUGUCAAAUUCAUGCUCAUUUGUGAGUGUAUUUGAA